GGUGCAACUAGAGGACGACCAACUCCAUCGGCUUCACUGGGGAACGUUGAGCUCCAACAUCUCGCAAGAAGUCCGCGAGGAACGGCGGAAGAAAAUUUACCCCCAUACUUCGCUGACUUUGCGUUUCAUCGAAUAGUUAUUAAAUAAUAAAUCAGCAAUCAUGAAAAUACUGUGGGCUGUCGGUGCCCUUCUGUUGAGCUGCUGGCAAGCUAAUGCGUCCACAGCUCCAAACAUCGUUGCUGAACCUUCUGAGGUCAGCAACCAGACCUCUGCAGUCCUCAGGUGCAACUUGACUGAGUCCAGCCUUCCCAUUAAGGGCUCCUACUGGGUGCACAAUGGCAAAACCAUUGAGGAUUCUAAGUCCACUGAGGCUUCUGCAUCGAUCGUUCUUGUUUUAGAUAAGAUCACCCACAGCUCUGCUGGAAAGUAUGAAUGCGUGUUCCAGACUGAUCCAGAGGUGAAGAAGGUGAUUGAAGUCAAAACACUUCCCCAUGUUGGUGCCUACAAGCACUCUGAGCAUGGCAAUGAAAAGGAUAAAGGUGCAAUGGUGUGUGUUAGCCAUGGUUACCCACUGCCAACUGACUGGACCUGGUUUAAGGAGGAAGAUGGUGUUCAGAAGCCUAUCAUCAACGGCACCACUGACAAAUAUGAGAUCAAGAGCACCCCUAACAAGACCACCCUGACCAUUAAUGACCUGAGCAUUGAGAACGACAUCGGAGACUACUUCUGCUCUGGAACCAAUGAGCUCGGCACAAGCAGUGACAAGAUCCACCUGCGUGUCCGCAGCCGCCUGGCUGCUCUCUGGCCCUUCCUUGGCAUCGUGGCUGAGGUCAUCAUCCUGGUGACCAUCAUCUUCAUCUAUGAGAAGAGGAGAAAGCCUGAUGAGAUCAAUGACGAUGAUGACUCAGGAUCUGCUCCCCUGAAGAGCAAUUCUAAUGCAAAUCACAAAGACAAGAAUGUGAGGCAAAGGAAUUCUAACUAGAAGCUGAAACAGAUCGACCCUCAGACUGCAGUCCAGGACUCAGCUGUUGUGCUGCACAUUAUACUGUGCACCCUGCAACUUUGAAGUACCUUUUUUGUGCUUGGGUGUUAAUGUUUUAAGAAGUUGACUGAUUUCCUCUUGUUUAGUUUUCUUCUCUAUUAUUCUCCAUAUUGUGCAGCCAGAGAACAUAGUGUGAAAUAAUUUCUGCUUGAGAUCAUUGGGCAAAUAUUGCAUGAGUUUAAAUGCUGUUAUAGCAAAGUGUGUGUUUGUUGUAAAAUCAUUAGACCGUUGAUGUGAGGAAUGCUUAGUUUGUGGUUAUUUUCUUUUAAUGCUGAUGCUUCCUACACUGAUUUCACACGUCUUUGCUUUGAUUUCUUCGGUCAAGAAUGGAUACUUUUAAAGCAGCAGAAGUACUGUUUAGAUACUUUUGACUAUGAUACAACACUGCCAUCCUUCUAGCAACAGCUGGAGUGUGCUUCACACGUUUGAUCUGUCCAUACACCAACACACCUCCUUUAGCAGAGUGUUAUACUUUGCCUUAACAAGCACCAUUUUUCUUCUUCUUUUUUGCAUUUUGUUACCUGUUACAAGACUUAAAUGUGACACUGAAGAUUAAAUGCAGAAAUGACUGAGAUUCAAUGUCUGCUAGCUUUUGUUGCCGUAAGAAAUUAUAGCUCUUUAAGUAGGAAAGCGUUUGUCCCUUUAACUCAUGCUUUUACUUCCUUUUUCUGUUUGAAUGUUGAGGGGUCCAAGCAGUAUCACCCACUGAUAAGCCUGGUGGAAUUUUCAAUCAUGCUUGUACAUCUAUUACUGUGUACUAAACGAGUGACUGCAGCGAAUCUGCAGGACCUAAAGUUAAAAAUUAGUUGGUGAUUAGUUGGUGGGUCAAAAGUUUCACCCAAUUCUUGGAAGCAUAUAAUAGCUAUCAAAGCAGAGGUUUAAUUUACAUGCAACAUCUCCAAAACUACUUUACCAGAAGUCAGAAUUGUUUCAUUAAAACAGCCCAGCAUUUUUAUUUUGAACAGGUACAUAUGACUUCCUCUAAAUUUGCUUCACUCUUAUUUUUGCAGACAUCUUUGAGGGCCUUGGGCUAAUCAUCUUUAAAGUUUUUCAGGAUUAUUUUCAGACUGCCCUGAUCCAAAGGGAAAGCAGAUUUUUUUUACACCUCAGUUUUUUACUCUUUUGACCUUUUUACUUAAAUUACAGUCUCACCUUUUUUUUAAGCAAGUUUGGUGCACAUGCUCAGACAUUCAGUCCACUAGGUGGCAUCACACUUCUUAAUGUAUUCAGUAUUGUGUGCAAAACAUUACUAUUUCGCCAAUUUUUUUAACCAACUUUUGCCAAAGUAUGUCAGUACCCUGAAAAUGAACUGAAUCGGAUGUCUUUUUUUUUUUUUUUUUUUUUUUUUUUUUAAUAUUUUGCUUGUUAUAGGUCAUCUAUCAAGAUAGUCUGAACAAGAGAAAAUGUGUUCUCAGAAUGCAUUGAAUCAAUUAACAUUUGGCUUCUUGUCAGCUGAUCAUAAAUCAAACACAAAAAUCCAUGCAGCCUGCUUGGACCCCUCAAUGCUACUUGCAGUCUUCAUUUUUAAAAUUAGAUUUUUUAGCAACCAGAUGUUAAUAAAACAGUAUAAUUAAGGACCAAUGCAAAAUCUGUAACAUCUGUUAAUUUUGUGUAAUUCAACUUAGAUACUCCGCACUGAUUUAAAAUUGAAUUCAGGAGAUUUAAUGUUUUUCUGACCUGAGCUAAAACUUCUGUGUGCGAUUGCCAGGCCACCAUCUCUGUUCCUUUCACUGUGUAGACGAUUCAGAAGCCAUAUGUUCCAUUUAACUGAGUAUUGAUGUGACUGGAUGUAUUCAGAGUUAUAUACUAAUAAUUAAAAGACCUAGACAGAAUUGUGUCAACCGUUGUACCUUCCAAGUAAAUGGAACAUCUGUUGUACAACUUGCACAAACUGAAUAAAGGUAUUUGAUUUA